AUGGCACCAAAAGGAUUAGUGCAAGUGGAGCGAUUGAUUUUGGAGCUAGAGGAGAUAUGGAACGGACAGGAAGGAAAAAUGAAGGCGCUAGCGGAGGUGAAAAAUGAGUUAAAAGAGCAUGGAGCAUGCGCGGAAAGGAUGAAGAAGUUAAUGAAGGAUGGAGCGGUAAGGUUAACCGAGAGACAGAAAGAUGGUGUGGUGAUGGUGUGCGGAGAUCAUUGGACCAAGAUGAUGGAGAUGUGGCGACAGGCGGAAGAAGGAAUGGUGGAGGAGGUAAAAGAAAAUGACGGGACCGCCGAGCUGUUGGGGUGUAUGCACCAAAUGGGGCUGAGGAGUGUGGCGGACGUGGAGGAGAUGUUAUUUUUUAAUGAAAAGAAAGGAAAGGAGAUUGAAGAAUUGGAAUUGCAGAUCGUGAAGCUGCACGAGGAGAGGGAACGCCAAGAAAAGCAGGUGGUAGGACUUCAACAGGAGAGGGAUUCAUUGAUAGCGGAGGAGGCGGCGGUAGAAGAGGAAAAGAGGAAACUCUUGGAGGAGUUGGACCGGAAAGGUGAGGAAGAGCGGGAAUGGAAUCAAAAUGACAGGAUAUUACAGGGAAGGCGAAGAGAAGCAGGGAGGAACGAAUCGUCCCCGCGUUGGAUGAGGAUCAGCGACGAUCCAUGGAGAAAAGGUACGUCGAUGAUAGAAGAAGAUAUUGUACGGAGGGAAGAAAAAGAGAAGGGGAGUGGCUUGAAGGAAGCGUUAGAAGGAAUGGUAGCGAUGAACCUACUAGGGGAUCCAGAGCCGUAUGAUGUGGGUACAAAUCGGAAUUUUCGGGCGUUUGUCGGAACCUUUUUGGCAAAGUAUGGGAAAUUAAUUACGGAGGAGCAGGGAAAGAUUGCGAUCUGGUACGAUAGGUUCCUGAAGGGAAAAGCUAAAACCAUUUUUAAUGGGCUUGGAGAGGAAGUGUGGGGAGGCACAUUUGAGGAGGCAGUAGAGAAAAUGGAAAAAGCGAUAAGCGGAAUGACUGUAGAUGGAGUGCAACAGGCUUGGAAGAGGUGGAAUGCAUUGAGGAAAAGAGAAGAGCAGAAAGUAGCGGAUUACUGCGCGAUCAUUGAGGAGGUAUCAGGAGUGGUGUUUAGGGAGAGUUCAAAGGAGACGAUGGCACAGGCAAGACUCAGUAAGCUGAUGGAAGGUAUAACGGACACAGCACAACGGAACUUCUUGACAAUGAGAAAGCUGGAGGUAGAACCAAAAGAACAGUAUGAAAAAUUGAAACAGAUAGCCAUCGCGUUUGAGUUGGAGAGAGGUGAAGGAAGACGAAUUGGGAAACCAGUAACGGCGAGUCAGAACAAGACAAUAGUAAGGCAAGGAGGAGUUGUUAUGAGAAGCGAAAAAAUAUGCUACAAAUGUGGAGGGAGAGGGCAUCUGAGUUAUGAAUGCUUACCAGACCGACCGGCGUAUACAAUGAGAGCCCAGCAAAAUAAUACAGGGCGAAAUGUCCCAAUGACGCAAGGAGGGAAUGGAAGUAGAGGUGUCGUGAGAGCUUGGGAUCAAAACAAGGGAGACAUACGACAAGUGAAUAAAGUGGAGAAAGUGGGAGACGGAGAGCCAGACGUGGGCCUAAGCAUGACGGAAAUGGGAGUAAUAUUGGGCCAGGAAGUUGAAUUUCUCUUAGAUUCGGGAGCCGUAGUGUCAGUAUUGAGCUCGAAGAUUUGGGAACGAUUGAUCGCCAAUGGUGGAGAAUGGGAGAAAGAAACAGUGAAACUGAUAGGAAUACCUAAGUAUGCGUUGGUGACUGCAGAAAAACGACCGUUGGAAGCAGUAGGACAAGUAGAAUGCCAGCUCACGAUGCGCGGGAGAACAGCAAAGAUAAGCAUUUGGAAUAUACCUUAUAUGGAAGGAGGAAGAAAAUCUGGUAAAAUGUAA